GAAAGUAUUCCGACUGUAGGGAUUAGUCGACUCUAACUGAGGCUGUGUCUUUCUGAAUUCUGUGGAAGGUGAUCGAUCAUACUGAUUUUCUGUAGGAACUCUAUUUGUGGCGUUGUGAAGAAUGGCGGAGUUCACGGAUAACGACGAACAGCAGUGUGUCGAUGCGGAGCACGAGCAGGAGCUGGAGAACGGUUUAAAUGAAGUGAAAACAGAGAGUGAUGAUGCUCCUAAAGAAGGAGAGAGCAUGGAUUUGAAAGAAAAAUCUACUGCAAUGAAGAAAACAAACAGAUUUCAUCCAUAUUCUAAAAUUACCAGCACUGGAGAGAAACGUACUGGACGUAACAGGGUGUUCAUUAGCAACAUUCCAUAUGAAACAAAAUGGCAGACAAUUAAAGAUCUAAUGAGAGAGAAAGUUGGUGAGGUUACAUACGUGGAGCUCUAUAAGGAUGCUGAAGGAAAGUCAAGGGGCUGUGGUGUUGUAGAGUUUAAAGAUGAAGAAACCAUGAAAAAAGCUGUUGAAGUAAUGGCCAAAUAUGAUCUUGGAGGAAGACCUCUUAAUAUUAGAGAGGAUCCGGAUGGAGAAAAUGCUCGCAGAUUUCUACAGCGUGCUGGUGGUGGAGUGCCAUUUUCAGGUGGCAGUCUACCUGACAUGGGGCAUCCUAUAAUGAAUUUGCCACCAGCCCUUGUUAACCAUCCCAAGAUUGCACCAGAUAUAAUAACUGCUUUACAAGCUGGCAGACUGGGUUCGAGUGUUUUUGUUGCUAAUCUGGAUUUUAAAGUCACUUGGAAAAAACUGAAAGAGGUUUUCAGCAUGGCAGGCACUGUGAAACGUGCGGAUAUUAAAGAAGACAAAGAUGGCAAGAGUCGCGGAAUAGCAACAGUCACAUUUGAACAGCCAAUUGAGGCAGUUCAGGCCAUCUCUAUGUUUAAUGGACAACUUUUGUUUGACAGACCUAUGAAUGUAAAAAUGGAUGAAAAGUCACUCCCACAUGACGAUUUUCGUGCAAUGGAAAAUAAGGGUGCCCAACUACCUCGUGGACUUGGGGGAGUUGGAAUGGGUCUGGGACCUGGUGGACAGCCUAUUACUACAAACCAUAUGACCAUGGGAAGCGGAAUGGGAGGAGCAGUGGGCCCUGCAGGAUUGGGGAUGGAUGCAGCUAGUUUGGCCAGGAUGGGAGCUGGAGCAGCAGCUGGGUUUCGUGGAAUGGAUGGAAUCGGCAUGGGAAUGGGAGGUUUUGGUAGCACAAUGGGAACAAUGGCUGGCAUGGGAGGAAUGGGAGGUAUGGGGAGCACCAUGACUGGCGCCAUGACUGGAAUGGGUACUGGAAUGGGCACUGGCAUGGGAGCAAUGGCCAGCACCAUGGGAGGAACUGGAAUGGGAGCUGGUUUUGGAAGUAACAUGGUUGGAUCUGGUAUGGGGAUGACAGGCUUUGGAAUGGGUGCUGCAAUGGGAGGUGUCAACAGCAUGGCUAUGGGAAUGGGUAUGGGCAUGGGCAUGGGUACCAACUUUAGUCGAACUAUGGAUAUGGAUCGUGGAAUUUCAAGUGGCUUUGGUACAACUUCUCAAACCAGCACAACAAGAGCUGGCAAUAAGGGAUGCCAGAUUUUUGCAAGAAAUCUUCCUUUUGACUUGACCUGGCAAAAGCUGAAAGAAAAGUUUAGUCAGUGUGGUCAUGUACUUUAUGCAGAAAUAAAAAUGGAGAAUGGAAAAUCGAAAGGUUGUGGCACAGUUCGUUUUGAUUCACCAGAGACUGCCGAAAAAGCUUGCAGGUUGAUGAAUGGCUCACAGAUUGGUGGUAGAGAGAUAGAUGUUCGCAUGGAUCGCAAUCAGUAAUUUAAUUUGUAAUGUUAAACAUUCCUGUACAUGUUUUGUGCCCCUGUCCCCUUAUGCACCUUUCAUAUAUAUAUUUGUCAUGGGAGCUGUAAUAAAUUAACUUUUUUAAAGCUUCACCAGAUUUUGUAGCAGUAUAGUGUUAACAUACUGUUACCAUUAUUUUUUUUAACAGAGCUCUUUUGAUUUGUUUUAAGGACAACUUUGUUUAUGGUCAUUCAGUUUAAUUGAAUGGAUACUGUGGUUUUUAAUAAAAAUGUUAUGACAUUU